UUGCUUCACUUUCAGCAAACAUCCCCAACAAGCACAACGUCACAAAGUGAACAAGAGUUCGUAAGUGGAUGUGAGAAUUUAAUCGAACGAAUCAAAUUAAAACAAUUCGAUAUCGAUGAAAUGGAACGUCUAAGCAAUUUGCCAGUAUCUGGCUUAAUCAAGGAUGGUGGACGGUUACUUGAAACGUAA